GUUUAAUCGCUCUAACGUGAGAAUAUGUUACAAUGGCGGGGUCUAUAGAGAUACCACUCCGCGAUACAGACGAGGUCAUAGAACUUUAUUUAGAUCAGUUACCAGAUGGAGAUGAAGUUCUGGGGAUUCUGCGACAGGAACAUGCUCAACUUAAUAUCUGGGUCAAUUUGGCCCUUGAAUAUUACAAGCAACAAAAAAUUGAUGACUUCAUUAAGAUACUUGAAUCUUCUCGUAUCGAUGCAAAUAUUGAUUAUCGUGACUAUGAAAAAGAUCAGAUGCGAGCCCUUGACAUGUUGGCUGCCUAUUAUGUCCAGGAAGCCAACAAAGAAAAGAAUAAAGAUAAAAAAAGAGAUCUCUUUACAAAAGCUACAUUAUUGUAUACAACAGCUGACAAGAUUAUCAUGUAUGAUCAAAAUCAUUUACUCGGUCGAGCUUAUUUCUGCCUGCUCGAAGGUGAUAAAAUGGAGCAGGCUGAUGCACAAUUUAAUUUUGUACUAAAUCAAUCGCCAAAUAACAUACCUUCUCUGCUUGGCAAAGCUUGCAUUGCUUUUAACAAAAAAGAUUACAGAGGUGCCCUUGCAUUUUAUAAGAAAGCCCUUAGAACUAAUCCAAACUGUCCAGCUGCUGUUAGAUUGGGAAUGGGACAUUGUUUCAUGAAGUUGAAUAAUCAAGAGAAAGCGCGACUUGCAUUUGAAAGAGCUUUACAGUUGGAUGGACAAUGCGUCGGUGCGCUAGUUGGCCUUUCGGUCUUGAAAUUAAAUCAGCAACAGCCCGACAGUAUAAGAACCGGCGUGCAAAUGUUAUCGAAGGCUUACACGAUCGAUUCGACAAAUCCGAUGGUGCUAAAUCAUUUAGCGAACCAUUUCUUUUUCAAAAAAGAUUACAAUAAAGUUCAACAUUUAGCGUUGCACGCAUUUCAUAACACAGAAAACGAAGCUAUGCGAGCAGAAAGUUGCUAUCAACUAGCCAGAGCAUUUCACGUCCAAGGUGAUUACGAUCAAGCAUUUCAAUAUUAUUAUCAGGCAACGCAGUUUGCUCCGCCUGUAUUUGUACUGCCACAUUUUGGAUUAGGACAAAUGUAUGUUUAUCGUGGUGAUGCAGAAAAUGCAGCCCAAUGCUUCGAGAAGGUCUUGAAAGCACAACCAGGAAAUUACGAAACAAUGAAGAUUCUCGGUUCGCUCUAUGCUAAUUCGAGUUCCCAAUCAAAACGAGAUAUUGCAAAAAAUCACUUGCGAAAAGUAACAGAACAGUUUCCUGACGAUGUCGAAGCUUGGAUCGAAUUAGCACAGAUAUUGGAGCAAAGUGAUCUGAAUGCAGCCUUGAAUGCCUAUGGAACCGCGACCAGAAUUUUGAAGGAGAAAGUUCAAGCGGACAUACCGCCGGAGAUUUUGAACAACGUGGGAGCGUUACAUUACAGACUAGGUAACUUGGAGGAAGCCAGGAAAAAUCUAGAGGAAUCUUUGGCACGUUCAAAAGCAGACGCCUUACAUGAUUCUGUAUAUUAUAAUUCGAUAGCAGUGACUACGACGUAUAACUUAGCUCGACUUAACGAAGCGUUAUGUGUAUUCGAUCGAGCAGAGAAACUGUACAAGGACAUUUUAAAGGAGCAUCCGAACUACGUGGAUUGUUAUUUGAGACUCGGCUGCAUGGCGAGAGAUAAGGGACAGAUAUACGAAGCGUCCGAUUGGUUCAAGGACGCUUUGAGAAUCAAUAACGAACAUCCGGAUGCAUGGUCAUUGCUGGGUAAUUUACAUCUAGCCAAGAUGGAAUGGGGUCCUGGCCAGAAGAAAUUCGAGAGAAUUUUGAAAAAUCCGACAACGAGCACCGAUGCUUACUCUUUAAUAGCAUUGGGAAAUAUUUGGCUGCAAACAUUACAUCAAAGUGGAAAAGACAAAGAAAGGGAGAAGCGACAUCAAGAUCGAGCAUUAGCCAUGUACAAGCAGGUUCUGAGAAAUGAUCCGAAAAACAUCUGGGCUGCAAAUGGUAUCGGUGCAGUACUCGCGCAUAAGGGUUGUGUAAAUGAAGCUAGAGAUAUAUUUGCUCAAGUGCGCGAAGCAACGGCAGAAUUCUGUGAUGUUUGGUUAAAUAUUGCACAUAUCUAUGUGGAACAGAAACAAUUUGUCAGCGCUAUUCAAAUGUAUGAAAAUUGUUUGCGAAAAUUUUAUAAAUACCAUCAUGUUGAAGUUUUGCAAUAUCUUGGACGAGCUUAUUUUAAAGCUGGCAAGUUAAAAGAAGCAAAAUUAACGUUAUUAAAAGCACGCCGAGUAGCUCCACAAGAUACCGUCUUAUUGUACAAUAUUGCUCUUGUACUUCAACGAUUGGCCACGCAAAUUCUUAAAGACGAGAAAUCAACUUUGACCACCGUAUUGCAGGCAGUUCAUGAAUUAGGUCUCUCACACAAAUAUUUUCAGUAUUUGUCAGCGCACGGCGACAGGAUGGAACAGCUGGCGGAAGCUGAAGCUAGGAGGUGUCAAGAUUUAUUAUCACAAGCGCAGUAUCAUGUCGCUAGAGCUAGAAGGUUGGAUGAGGAAGAGAAGAUGUUAAGACGGAAGCAAGAAGAAGAAAGGCAAGCCUUCAAAAUGCGUCAGACGGAAGAGCAACGCAAGCUGGAAGAGAUGCGUCGCCAAAAAGAAGAGGAGAUGUUGCAAAAGCGACAAGAAUAUGUGGAGAAAACUAAGAACGCGCUGGUAUUCGGCGAAAUGCCGUCAGAGAAACCCGGAAAAAAGGGCAAGAGACUUCGAACUGAUCAGUAUGUUAGUGAUAGUGGAGGCUCUGAUAGAGAUGAAAGCAGAGAAGAAAUACCGAAAGAAAGAAAGCGUAAAAGGAAACCUAGCAGUGAAACUAAAGAUAGGAAGAGCAAAGGUAAAGGCAGACGCAGGAAGGAUGGAAGUGGCAAUAGCGGAUCUGAUAGUGAUCAGCCGAAACAGAAACGUAGCAAGAAGAACGCAAGGACUAAAAAAGAGAAAACUCGUAAAGGCGUAGUUGAAACUCUUAAGGGUAAGCUGGUUAAAUCGAAGGAAACUAUUUCGACGAGCGAGUCAGACAGCGAUACGGGUGGCCUUAAAAUCGCUAGUGGCGGCGAAAGCGGCAAUGAGAAUCAACCGCACAGCAGCAAACGAAUCGCAUCCGAUUCCGAAGGCUCUCGCGCCUCACGCUCGAGAUCUCGUUCAAGGUCGAAAUCCGGUAGCCGUUCAAGAAGCAGUUCACGUUCAGCUUCUCGUUCGCGAUCUCCAUCACGAUCGCGCUCUCGAUCUCGAUCUGCUUCAGGAUCCAGAUCAAGGAGCGUUUCAAAAUCAAGAAGUCGGUCGGUAUCCGGGUCAAGAUCAGGGUCAGCCAAAAGCAGAUCAAGAUCGAGGUCAGGUUCGCACAAAAGUGGCUCGCGAUCAAGGUCUAACAGUGGCUCGCGAAGAAGUGAAUCAAAACCAAGAUCAAGAUCGAGUUCAAGAAAGAGUGGUUCAAGGUCACCAAGCGGUUCAAGAAAAGGCGUAUCGCCGUCAAGAUCCAAAAGUGGCUCGCGUUCAGGCUCGGAAGAACGCCAGUCAAGAAGCAAGAGUCGAUCGCGGUCUAAAUCGAAAUCUGUUUCAAGGUCUAAAUCAAGAUCGAGGAGUGGUAGCAGGUCGCGAUCGCGCUCUAGAUCGAAGAGCGGUUCUCGAAGCCGGAGUCCGAGCGGAUCGGCACGUUCUGCAUCCCCGGUGUCUAGAAAAUCAGUAUCGGGAAGUGGCGGUAGUGAUAGUGAAUAAAUCAGCCGUUCUCACAAUUGUAAUAUCACAAUGAAAAAAAGAUUAUACUUAAAUAACACACUUAAAUACAUAAUUUGUGUGAAGAUCGCUUUACAAAGUUCUUUUAAUACAA